CCCCAAAGGAGGCUGCAGAUUCUUGGUGGAUGGCUCUCAUAGCCCCUCCUGGGAGGAGGAUGAAAAAUGUCUUCAGAAAAAUAGCCUUAUGAAGGCCAGAGGAACUUUAUGCACCAGCAAGACAUGUCUGAAAGCUCUUCAGGUCAAAACACAAGCAGUCAGGAGAUUCACCCAUCUAAUUCAUCCUACACCUCCGACCUGAGUGAGUCACACACUGGCUCGGCUCUCUUGAGGAACAGAACUUUUUAUUCACGUUCGGACUCUGGAAUAUCAUCCCUGCUUCCAUCAGAUUCUUUUAAGUACCUUACUUGGCACAAGGUAGAACAAAAUGACAUCCAAGGAAGUCAACUGCGUUGCCCAAGAGUAAGAGAAGGACCCUCUGCGGAAGAGUUGUUCUUCAGACAGGAGUGUACCUUGCCUCCACGGAAAAGAGUCCUUGAAAAAAACAAAUGGGAAACAUGGCUGCAAGAAAACUGGGAGGACUGCAAGGAUUUGGGGGACCCUUAUCAAGUUGCAAAUUUUAACAGGAUUCUUAGAAGACUAAUUCGAGUUGAAACCCUCUGGUUAGUGGAUAAUUCACUGGUGGAUUUAAGUGCCGCAAGAUUGCCAAGCUGCAGAGUUUUAAAUAUGAACAAAAACCAUCUCACAUCUUUCAAACAAUUGCCAAAGAUACCUCAGAUACAGCAUUUAUCCUUGGCUGAAAACCAUAUUGAGACUCUGGCUGGGCUCUCCAGUUUGCGGUGCACGCCAUUGGAAUCCCUUACGCUCAAGAGGAACCCUUGUGAGUUUCACCAAAACUACCAGAAACGAGUGUUCUCCUGUUUGCCAAACUUAAAAAUGCUGGAUGGGAUCCUGAAGCUGCCACAAGACACUUCACCACCAGAAACCAAUAUUUUUUCCAAAAUAUGUAUUGUGUCCUAAUGCUAUCUGUAUAGAAAGAAAGCAAUCACUAUUGUCUUUAAAAAUUAAUAAACAAGAA